AUGUCUAAAAUACGUAAAAAUAAUAAGUGCUUGGUAAACCAGUGGAUUCAACAAUAUAAUAAAGACAUUAAAAAAUUAGAAUCAUCUAAAUUAUCUUUGUUUGAUGCAACAAAAAUUGUUGAUGAAACUAUAUUGAAUAUGGAAAUCGUAUCUGGAAAUAAUGGAAAAAUUAUUAAAGAAAAAGUUUUGGAUUUACUACAUAAAAAUUAUGAAUUUAAAAUGUUGAAGCAGAUAUCAGAUGUUUUAUCAGGAAGAGAAGGAAGUGUCUUACCCCCAAAUUUUACACCAAUGAUGAGUUCUUGUAUGAAAUUUGCGCCUAUAACUUCUGUGGAUGUUGAACGAUCCUUUAGUACAUACAAAAUGAUAUUAACUGAAAAAAGAACAAAUAUGACCCCUCAAAAUAUGGAAAAGUAUAUUGUAAUUAAUUAUGUUGAAAGGUCCAACACUUCUAUAUAA